AUGGAUUCAAAAACUCUUAUUUUCACCAUUCUUUCUGUCUUGAUAGUUGUAGCGCAGUAUGUAAACGAAGUUGAUGCCAGUGGUUCUACAUCAAGUCCUGCACCUGGUGGUGGUUCAACUGGUGGUACCCCUCAGCAACCUCCAGCAAUUGGUGUAAAAAUUUUUCCUCCACCAGAAACAGGAUUUGAAAGGGCAGAGAAAAAUAUUGUGUCAGCUGAAGAAGAGUAUGGCAGUUUGCUGUUGACCUUGUUCGGCUGUGAAAGUCGUGAAAGUUAUAAGAAAUAUGAAAAAGAUUGUCUAAGGAAAUAUUAA